GGCUAGUAAAGUAACUGCCUGAUCAGCACAGUACAGUAAAGGAUUUCAUACAAUGGAUGUGAAGACUGCAGCACUGAACCAUUCCCAAGAGAUCACCAUUGAUCCUGACAAGCAGUUAGCCAAACAGAUAUAUCAAGGGGAAAGUGAUGAAUUUUUGUCUUGAAACAAAGUUGUAACAUAUUACAGAGAGUUAGAGAAUGAUUUGUAGAAAUGUAACACUACUUUUAUUUCUUGUACAGUUGAAAGUAAUCACUAUAAUGAAGCUUAUAGUUUCUGGAACCUAUGGUCUGAGGUGUAUAUACUCUUCAUCACAGUAACAGUAAAGUUUGUGUACUGUCGAGUUGCCAACAUGUCAGCAGUCACUUUUGCACACAACAAAUCUAAGCCAUUGCCAGAGACAGAAGAAAAAGAGGAAUUAACUUCAGUCCGAAUAACAGUAAACCCUGUACAGAGUCGCAUGUUUUCUCCACCACGUUCAUCACAGUCAACGGCUGGUAGUUUCAGCAUUGGUGCCCAGAGCUCAGGAUGGUGUCCUAUUCUUUUUGAGCGUGCAUCUAAAGCCUGGUGGGAUCCUAGAUUUGACUCAAAAGUUCUUGAGGAACAGUAUCAUAGAAGUACUUUUCCCCUAACUUGUCAGCGUUUCCAGUAUGCUCUUCUUUAUCUUUUUCUAGCAUCUGUCUCAUACUGCAUCUAUUUUGCUUGUAUGGCACACUCUGAUUGGAUUCCGUUUGUGGUUACAAGCUUUGUAUUAAUGUGUUAUAUUGUUGCAACACUUCUAUUCACAUACACUAAGCAUUAUCAGAAGUAUUAUUUUUCAGUAUCACUUUUCACUACAGUUUUUCUUUGUGCCUUGUCACUCUCUGUUUUUGCAAGCUACAUUGGUAAGCAGAGUACAGCUGAUCUUAGCCUUUCUCCUAUUGGCAUUUUCUGUAUCUGUUUAAAGAUUCUAUUAAUACUGUACACUGUGAUACCUUUGCCUCUGUAUCUAUGCUUUUUGAUUGGUGGAACAUAUUCUAUAAUAUUUGAAGCUCUUUCUGCAGUGCUAACUGAAGACAACACAUCUCUUAUUAUUGGCAUAAAAGUCAUGCUGCAAAUGUGUAUACAUAUGAUUGGAAUUCUGAUCUUGCUCAUGGCUGAGGUUAGAAUGCGGAAGACCUUUAUGAAAGUAGGACAGUCUCUAUUGGUUAGAAGAGACCUAGAAGUGGAACAGCAGUUAAAAGAAAGAAUGAUUCAUUCUGUAAUGCCCCCAAAAGUUGCUAAGUGGUUAAUGUCCACACAAGAUAGGGAAGACGAAGAGCAACAAAAACCUGAAAGUGGUAAGAGACGAAUUUCUACCAGUCCUCGGCAGUCCCAGAUGAUCUUUCGUCCAUUUAAUAUGCACAGAAUGGAGGAAGUAAGUAUUUUAUUUGCUGACAUUGUAGGUUUUACUAAAAUGAGUUCUAAUAAAACAGCAGAACAGUUGGUUGGGCUAUUGAAUGACUUAUUUGGCAGGUUUGAUUAUCUUUGUGCCAAACUUGGUUGUGAAAAGAUAAGCACUCUAGGUGAUUGUUACUACUGUGUUUCUGGAUGUCCAGAACCUCGAUCUGAUCAUGCAAAAUGUUGUGUUGAGAUGGGUUUGGCCAUAAUUAAAGCAAUUGGAGAGUUUGAUGAAGACACUAAUGAAGAUGUAAACAUGAGAGUUGGUGUACACACAGGUACUGUGCUCUGUGGUAUUGUUGGUACAAGGCGUUUCAAGUUUGAUGUUUGGUCUAAUGAUGUUACUUUUGCGAAUCUUAUGGAGUCAACUGGGAAACCAGGAUGUGUACAUGUUUCAGAGGCAACUUUUUCUUACAUUCAAGAUAUUUAUACAGUUGAAGAAGGUCUUCCACAACAUGAAGUGAAGACUUAUUUCAUUCGAGGUCGAAAACUUGCAGCAAGAAGUGGCAACAGAUCUUGUCGCCAUUCAUGGCCAACAAAUUCUAUACCCUUGCCUAACAUUCAUCAUCCUGGUGGUCGUAAAGCUAAUAGUCUUUCAGAAAGAGGAAAUGAUUCAGAGGGAGAUGGUUCUACAAUGCCAAUGUUACAACCUCAAAGACAUGGAAGUCUCUCCACCCUCACAAGCAGUAGGAAAGACUCUGGAAUUCGAAGUAGACGUAGCAGCUUACAAGAUGUAAUGUUGGAUACAAGCUACGUUUCACCAACUAACCUCUUAUCACAUCGUGUAGGCCCUGGAUGCUUUACUUCUAGCCAGACAUCAUUAGCUGACACUGGUCGUGGUAGUGGUUCUAGCGUGAAGGGUUGUAGUCUUUUAGUGGAUCCUACCCUUUCACUGAAUGAAAGUCUAGCUAGAUUGAGACACCUAAGAAAACAGUCAGACCUACAAAUGAUCCGUUGUGUGCAGCAAGAUGCAGGCCACAUUGAUUACUUUGUAAAACCUCCUAUCAGCCAGUUAUCUUUAUUUUUUGUCAUACCAGCAAUGGAAAGAGACUACAGACAACUUCAUUAUCGAGACUCAAAAGAUGUAACCUUAACUGUGUCAUCUGCAACUUUUAAUAUGUAUUGUGAUGUAUUUGUGUCAGCUGUAGUGUAUAUUGUUAUUGCAGUUUCAUGCUUUAUGCUUUUUCAUUCUCCUUUACCAUGGUUGCUGUUCUGUCUUCUGGCUACUUGCUGGGAAAUGUUCAUUAUCCUACUGUGUCUGAGGGAGACAUUUGCUUCUCGAGGAUAUUGUAGAGCUGCGUGCUUGUCUCAAGUCUACAGAUUCUGUACUCAGUGGUAUCCAUGGCACAUUUGUGGAGCUAUUCUUGUUAGUCUCCCUGUAGCUUCUGUCUUCUCCAACUUUUCUUGUGGCAAUGUACUGACUACCCCAGAAAAAACUCAUGCCUUUCUAUAUCUGAUGUUUGUGUCCAUCUUCCAUUUCUGUAACUUUACCCACCUGAACUGUUGGCUUAAAUCUAUCUUGGCAAGCACUGCUGUAGCUGGUCUUGUUUUGCUCUUGAGUGCAUCAUAUUGUCAGUGUUCCGUAGAUUACUGGCCAGAACCAACAUCCGUUGUUUCUACAUUUAAUAGGUCAGAUUUUCUAGGACCAGAUGAUAUGGUUGUUGAAACAAAUACUGCCACAGUUUUAUAUCAUUGUGGACAUUCUCUAGUGUAUGAAAUUAUUCUGGAUGGUAUUCUGAUUACCAUUCUCAUAUGGUUUUUAAAUCGAGAGUUUGAAAUCAGUUACCGGCUUAGUUUUCAUGGAAGUGUUACAGCAGCUCGAGACAAAAAGAAAAUUCAGGCCAUGAAAAAUCAAGCUGAUUGGCUAUUACAUAAUAUCAUUCCGAAACAUGUUGCAGAACAGCUGAAAUCAACUUCUAAAUACUCAGAAAACCACAAGGAUGCAGGUAUAAUUUUUGCAAGUAUUGUAAACUUCCAUGAAAUGUAUGAUGAAUCGUAUGAAGGAGGAAAAGAAUAUCUUCGUGUUUUAAAUGAGCUUAUUGGAGACUUUGAUGAGCUCUUAAAUAGACCAGAAUUCAAGAAUGUGGAAAAAAUCAAGACCAUAGGUAGUACAUUUAUGGCUGCCUCAGGCUUAAACCCACAUAUUCGGCAACAGAAUCCACACCCUUGUACACAUUUGUUUGAGUUAAUGGACUUUGCUCUUGCAAUGCAACAGGUAAUUGAACGGUUUAAUUGUGACUUGCUGGAAUUUAGUUUCAUUUUUCGAAUUGGAUACAAUUUUGGAGACGUCACAGCUGGUGUUAUUGGUACAACUAAGCUAUACUACGAUAUCUGGGGGGAUGCUGUAAAUAUAGCCAGUAGAAUGGACUCAACUGGGAUUCCAGGCCAUAUUCAGGUUCCCGAGCAUUGUAUGUUUGUAUUGCAGGAUGUGUUUGAAUUUGAAAAAAGGGGAUCUGUAUAUGUUAAAGGGAAAGAUGAUAUGAAUGUUUAUACUUUGGUUAAGAAAAAAGAUGGGGUUGAUUAUCCAACAUUACCUCUAGCUGAGCCAAACAAUUCUUCAGAUGAGGAACUGGAAACAGAAGGCUCACCACCUCUGUGACACAGUUAUGUUUUAGUGGGAAAAAUGUUCAUACUCAGAUUGUUAAUUUUUCAUGAUAAUGUAGUUGCUAAUUUUUUAGUAAGAAAAGCAUUCUUAAAGAUGCGUUGUUAUCAGCUACUGCCAUGUUGUUAGAAAAAUAAUAUAAGUGCUGCUUGUAAGUUUGUUUUAUAACCUAAAGGCUCAUGAAAUGACAAUUUUAAACUAGCCAGUUCAGUGUCAGACAAAACAUGCAUGUGAACAUAAUUCAGAAGUCAAAACCUGCAAAAUGCGGAUGUAUAGUUAUUUGACUUGACUUGUAAAAUAUUUUUCUCAAUGAUAUUUCAAAAUCUGAAGAAUAAUGAGGUAGAAACUACUGAAUGCAUGGAAGUUGCAAAUAACUGUUUAUAUAGUAAGUAUUGCAUUCUUUAGGUUGCACAGUAUUAUAUACAUCCACACUUAUACAUAGAUGCUUAUGACUAUAAGGUGUCAACUUUGAAACAUAAUGUUCUAUAUUUACUCUAUGCAUGAAGGAAAAACAAAACUAAUUCAAUUUAAUGGUUUAUGGGGAAAAAAAGUAUGUUCUCAAGUUUGAAUGAUGUGCUUAACUAAUUAGAGAAAAAUUAAUCAGUAGUCAUACUUAGAUAGCUGUCCAGUGUUUGACCAUAGAUAAAUUUACAUUUUCAUUAUUGCUGGUAAUCAUGACUUACAGGAUUAGCGCAAGUAUGCACUGAUAUUUAUGAUUGGCUCAAUUAUUGGAAGUACCUUGUAGCUACAGCAAAUAACCAUAUGUUUGAGGUAAUUUAUAUACAAGUUUUUGUUGUUGCUGCAUUGUAUGUUAGGCAUAAUGACAUUUUUAAAUGUUUCAAUUUGUAUAUAAUGCUUUGUAGACGAGUAAAAAACUACAUACUUGACAGUAGUGAUUUACAAAGUUUACUGUUGUAAUGUGUUUAUAAGAAUUCAUGUAAAAAUACCUGAACCCCAUCUUCUGCAACUAUUUUAUCUGUAAUAUAUGCUACUAAUAUUCAGUUUCUUUUAAGCUUAAGAAAGUAUUCAACUUUUAGAAGUAUAGGCAACUAUUUAAGAAAGGUAUGUUUUCUCAUAUCAGAAUAUUUCUUUCAUUGUCUCAAGCUCAUACUCUUUAAAACAAAAAUCAGAUUACAGUAAGUCUAUUGAAACAAUUGUGUGAAAAAACAGUGAGAUCACUGCUGUAUUGGAUAAGUUAAUGUUCUGAAAUUGAUAAAGUAUGUACAUUCCAUGUAAAAGUAUUGUUUUUUGUUACCAAACGUUAUUUUGUUCUUAUUAAAUUUUAAAAAACAUCAGGUAUAUGUAUAAGAAAAUUUCUAAAUUUAUGUAUUUCAUCAGAGUAAUUUUGGUUAUAAAAAUUUAUUGUAUGCUUAUUGACCUUAGAAACAAAGGUUUUUUAUCACCUUGAAAAAUGUCAACUUUUCUUGUAUGUACAAUUUUUAUAAAGUAUCCCUAUUUUGUAUUUGUUUCUUUACAGUCACUUCAUACAUGUGUAAAACUUUAAUACACUUUUGGCUGGUGUACAGCAAGAUCAUUAUUGAAUUAUAACUUUACCCAUCUGAUUUUUCAAAGGAAAACUUUCAGUUUUUGGUCUACAAAAGGAGUUGAACUUGCAAUGGUUUUGUAUAUAUAUCCAGGUUUUAUACAACUUAAAACAUUUAAUAUUGGACUUGUUCAAAAUUCACUUGUGAUAAAAUGCAUCACUUGGGAUUUUGUAUUUUUGAAGUGUGAGCAAUGUUUAAUUGGGAUACGUUAAUGAGUAAAGAACAAAAUCUAUUGCUAAUGUUGGGAUUUGGUGUUUUUACAUGUAUUUCUUUCAGUGUGCAUGAUAUAUAUAAUAUGUUUUCCAAGAUGGCGACACAUGUUUAAAAUAUAAGGAUGUUCAGUAAAAACAAAACAGAAUGUUUUUAGUGUGUCUGAUUGCCUUAGGUUUAAAGUCAGUGUUACAAAAUAACUCCAUAUAAUACAACAUUAGAAUUGAUGUAGAGUUAAAAACUAAUUUUGUUAACUGUACUGAAAGUUGUUUCCAGAAUAGUAACAGUGCUCUUUGUCUAUAAAGGUCCAAGAUACAUUAUUGUUUGUAGUUGCCAGAGAGUUUGAACUAAUGCAACACCUACAGGAUGUUAACCAUAGUGAGAUGCAUUAAUAAUAGGAUUUACAUUAAAUCAGUUAUAGCUGAGAAAAGUUUAGCUCUCUUUCAUCACGGGUGUGCUGAUUAUAAAGAACUGAAACAAAAGUGCCAUUAGUUCUGAGUUUUGGGAUCAAAUCUUGAUCUAAGUAAUAUAAUAAAUCUCAAAGUUGUGUAUAUUUUUGUAUCUCUAAGCUCAGUUGGCAAGAAUUAAUCUUUUGUAACUUCUAGGACAUUUGUGAGGCUCAGUACAUUAUGAAAAUCUUGUAGUAAUCAUUAGUUAAUUUAUACUUUCAUAACCAAGAAUAUAUGUAUGUUAUAUGUGCUAGAUUGUUUUGUAUAUUAUGCUUUAUUUGGAAUAGUCAUGCAUAAUUUAUAUCCCAGGAUUGUUUGUUGUCACAAAGAUUUAUAGCCUCUUUACUAUAUCUACGUUUUUGCUCUGCCUCCUGGAAUGGUUGAAAUAUUUCAUUAAAGUGUAUGUCACAUGGAGAAAGAACAUGUUUAUGCAUAAAAAAUAAUAAUUAAGAAAUAAAAGAGCAAGUAGAAUAUAAUUCUUUUGUAAUCCUGCUGCAUUUCAGUUUCUAAAAAAGAAAGUGCUUUAUGUAGAUAAACUCUUUUUAAGUACACAUACAACUGUUUUAUGUAGUAUUGAAUCAACAAUACAUGUUUAAAUAGUUUUCUUUAAAUUAAAUUUUGCUGUAUGUUUUUAUCUGCAAGAAUUACUCCUGGAUUGAAUGUUCUGUAUUAUGUUACAUGAACAGAAUAUUUCUUUACACAAUUUUUCUUUAGGUCAGGUUAACAUACAGUUUUUACUUGUAUAAAUUGUAAAGUUAGAUGUGUAAUUUUAUGUCUAUUACUUAUUUCAUGUGAUUUUCUUGUAUUUGGCCCCUUUUGUCUUUGUUUUGUCUUCUUUUGAAAGUAUGUGUUUGUAAUAAUGUGACUGUUUGUACCAUCAUAUGAGAAGAGCUAUCCAAGUGUAUAAUGUUUUUGCUGUUUUGUGAGAAUGUGCUUUCCAAAGUGUUUCACUGUCCUGUGAAAAUAUGUUGUUCAAAAUGUAUAAUAAACAAUUCGCUGUUGAACACGGUGUUUCAGUAUUUUAUUAGGACAUUACAGUUUGUUAUCAUGUUAGAAUGUAUCAACAUUGGCCUAUUUUAAUGUCAUAUUAUCAGAAUAUGUUAUUCUAAAUCUGCAUUAUUAUCUUUUUUUACAAGAUAUUUCUUGCUGUUUUAUCCAUCUUUUUUGUGAGAAUCUAUUAUUGUAAGUUGUUAGUUAAAAUUUGCCAAUGAGGAUAUGUUAUCUGUAUCAUUAUCUUCCAGUGAGACUAUCUUUUGUUUCACUGUCUUGGCAGAAUGAGUUAAAUGUGUCUUUAUUUUGUUAGAAUGUAUUUCACCACCAUGCAUGAAUUUAUCGUUUGUUUUAACAUUUUGUGAGAAUUGGUUUUUGAAGGAGAAUAAAUUUUUGUAUUGCUAACUAGCAUUUUGUGAGAAUGAGUUCGUGUAUGGUUCACUAGCAUCUUGUAAGAAUAAGAUUUGUAUGGUUCACUACUAUCUUGUAAGAAUGAAUUUUUGUAUGGCUAACUAGCAUUUUGUGAGAAUGAGUUCGUGUAUGGUUCACUACUAUCUUGUAAGAAUGAAUUUUUGUAUGGCUAACUAGCAUUUUGUGAGAAUGAGUUUUGUAUGGUUCACUACUAUCUUGUAAGAAUGAAUUUUUGAAUGGCUAACUAGCAUUUUGUGAGAAUGAGUUUUGUAUGGUACACUAGCAUCUUGUGAAAAUGAGUUUUUGUGUUUUUCUCUCUUUUUUUCAAAAUGUGUUAUUCUAGAAAUUGCUCCCUAGCCAUCUGUCAUCUUGUGCUUUUUUAAUGUUUCUUUCAUUACUUUUAUAUAUUGUCUUAUUGUUUAAUUCAAUGUUUGAAUGUGGUAUCCUAAUCAUGUAACUUUUUUAUUAUUAAGAUUGCAUUAAAUUGAUCUCUCUUCUUUUAGUUUCUGUAAGAAUCUAUUAUUCUAUUUUUGUUUUAUUAUCCUUAAGUGUGGGACUACUAAUGUUCUUAUAUAAGCUAAGUAGAUUACACUCUUAUGAUAUAAUUACUAAUUUUAAAAGUUUCUCAAAAAUAUAAAGAUAGGAAGAACUUGAAUAUAAUAUACAAUGAAGUUAAUGUUUUAUAUGUGAAUUGAACUACACAACUAGGUAAAACAAGCCUACCAUAAAAGCAUGUAGUUAAAACAGUAAUAAAAUGAAAAAAAUAAGUAAUCAUAAAGCAUGACUAAGCAUAAAAAAGUUUUAUUCCGAGUAAAAUUACUAAAGUUGUCAAAAACUCAAGCAUGUCUAUUAAAGUUUAAUUUUGUCCAUUUCUAAUGUUUUAAUUGUAGUUAAUAUUACUGUUUUAAUAUUUUGCCUUUAUACUAGGCUUAUUUUUAAGUGUAAAUUUUAUCUUAUGUACGUAUUUUAAAAACAUUAUUUUUCCUCUCAUGAUCAAAUUAUAAUCUAGAUAUAACUCUUGCAGUACCAAGAUAUGUGGAACUGAAUACCCAUAUCAAUGAAACAAAACCUGAAUGUGAACAGGUAUAAGUCACUGGAAGAGAAAAAUUAGCAAAAAUAAACUUAUUUUUUAUUAUCCACAAUUUUCUAUAUGUAUAAAAUAAUUUUUAAGUGACUCCUUGUUUUUCACAUUAUGUUUUGUUUCUUUUAUGGUAGUUUACGAGGCUGACAGUGUAAGUACUAAAAGUUUUCUGCUUGCAAACAACUGUUUAAAUUUAAGUUAAUUUUUGAUUAUGCUUAACUAUUUCUAGUGGAAAUUUAUAGUUAUAAAUGAUUGUCUGCUUAUUAUAAUCCAUUAUUAUAAAAAAUGCCUAUGAAGUAAGUCAAGUGUGUAAAACUAACAUUAAACCAGAAUUUAUUUAAGUAGUUAUUUGCUGAAAUGAAUUUUGUUUUGUAAGCUAUGAUUUUCCUGAAAAAGAAAUGUUUUUAUUGACAGUGUGCAAACUGUUUACCUCAUCAGUUUGUUCCAGGAUGAUAUAAAUGAUGGAAAAAGCUGAUCAGUGAGAUACAGUUAUAUUAAUCAGGAUCUCGUACUAGUUCAUGAGCAAGAUUCAAAAUUUUUUGUAUAAAUUUUAACCAAUAUUUGUUAAUAUUUUUUACUGAAGUGUGUUUGUAUGUGAAUUCAUGUUAUUAAUAUAAAAAUGUUUACUUGCAUAGAGCAGCUACAUAGAACAAAUGCGGCUGUGAAUAAAGUUUUCUCUCAUCUUUGUAGUUUUAAGUUUCUAAGAGCUGUAUUUAUGAAAUAUAUAUAUAUAUAUAUAUAUAUGUGUGUGUGUGUUUGUUGUUACUUGUUAAGGAGUAAGGAUAACUACAGUACGAAUUGAGGUGUUUUAAACAGCUGUUUUAUAACUAUGAUAUUAUUAUUUGAAACUUCUUGGCUGUUAAGCCAGAAGUGAAAUGAAAUACAAUUUUAUGAGCUUAUAUCCUUAAUAAUAGGUACAAUAUUUAAUAUAAGUGUUGUUCUGAUGAGUUUCCAAAUUGCUUAAGAUUUUUUCCUCCUAGCUAAUACAAUACAAUAAUACCCAAGUGAUUGCAAGUUAUGCAUUGAGAAAAGAAUAAUAGUAAUUAUAAUCAAGUGUUACAUGACUUUACAUGCAUGAAUUAGCUACAUUUUACUGUAGUCCCUGAAAUGUAUUUUCUUUAUCCAAUUGUCAUCCACUUUCAACUUCUAUAGAGCUGAUUUAUCUCCACAUCUGAUUUUCCCCCUGUUGCACAGGAUGGACCAAAUAACAACAAGACAGAAAUUUAGUUUCUUAAUUGUUUAUUAUGUGGCCAACUUAUCAAACAAUUCUGACAUUUUGAAAAGUAAAUUUUCAAGAUGUUGGCCAUUGACCUCAAUGAGUUUUAUAGAUAAUCCUGGAUAUUGUCUACAAAUGUUUCUAGUCUAACAGUAUAUAACACUGUUAAGAGAAGAAAGAAUAAUGUGUGUGUGUGUGUAUGUAUAGAUAUUA